UUCCCAAGAAUCUUUUCCGCCGGAGCACGCCAUUGUAAACAAGAUGUCUACCUCGGAGAUAGCAGCAGCGCAGAAUGCAGAUUUAAGUAGAGCUCACGAUGAAGAGGUUGAUGUGGAGAACGGUGCUUCAAAUUUGAAGCGGAAGAGAGCAUCUUCGCUUGAUGGUCGGCCUCGUCAUCAGUGGAAGUUUUGGCUCUUGAGGAAUUAUGCUCAUUCACAAGGAGGCAUGACGUUGUUUAAUGAAAUUGUUGAACAUGCUGACAAAGAGAAAGACAGCUUGCGACUGGAAACCUCUGCAAAUCCUAAACUUGUUGGUGACCUCAUCAGUGCUUUGUGGGGUGAUAAAGUCAAGAAAGUCAGAAGAGGACAAAGAAUCGACAGAAAAUACUGUGUGCUGAAUCUUAUUCGAAAACAAGGACAAACUGUGCAGCCCCCAGACUAUGAUGUUACAAAUGAUUUUCAGCAGUUGGCUAAAAAUGAUACAUUUCAAUUACCAAUAGGUUGGUAUAAGGUUGUGGACAAUCCUUGUAGAAUUAGUUUUGUUCAUCCUGAGCCUUUGGAAUUUGGAAACCAGCGGAUUUAUAAAGAGAUAGUGAUGGAAUUAUCUCCAGAGAAAAAUGUAUCUUUCAUUGUCAAGUCUCAUUCAUGUGAGCUCCAUUUGUCCACCCUGAAUGUUGAAAGAAUUGUUAAAGAUUUGACUGUUAGUGAAAAAACUGAGGUUGUUUUGGAUUUUGUAAACACUUCUAAGUUAUGUCUGGGGUGCAUUCUUCCUGAAGAUGACUCAAUUAGGUCUCUAAUACCACAUCAAACUGGAGUCCUUAAAACGUUAAACAACAGUGAAGUUCUAACACAGAAUAGAGCUUUUUCUUCAAAGUGUCAGUUGUUUGUCUGUUAUGCUGGAAAACAAUGUUCAAAGUGCAGUGGAGUCUCAAGAACUUACAAGAGAAGGAAAGGUAGAAGAGAAACAGGGGAAUCCUUUCACAAGCACUGCAACAAAAGGUAUCUUACAAAAGAUGAAAUAUUCCAACAGUUGCAAGAGCAGAGAAAAUUGAACAGGAAGCAUGAUCAAGAAAAAGAAGACGAUCAAAGUCCAGGAAGUGAGGAUGGUGAAAGCAAUACAAGCGAUGAUUCUGGCACGGAAGAGGAGAAAGAUUGACUUGAAAGUUUAAAAUAAGGCUUACCAUUUUGAACUUCAUGUGACCAUCAGUGUAGGGAUUUUUUGUUUGGGUUGGAAAAAUGGUACACAUGAUUUUGAUUUUGUUUGCGACUGUUUUGGAUAGGACAUGACAGGACAGAAACUGAGGGUGCUGUAAGUACCUCCCGUUGUCCCCCAUAAAUCCUUUAUAAAAUUUUCUAAGGAUUUUUGAGCGAAUAUAUGAGGUACUCAAAGUGUGUACAGCUUCUGUCCUGUCUUGGAUUGAGGAGGCCUGGGUGGAAUUCUCGAAAGCCAACUAGGUGUUAGAAAAAAAUAGUGACUAGAUUGGCAGCAGAAGUUGCUAAUUGGUGUGUUGAGUCAACAGUAAUGUUGUAAUGUAGUAGAAAGAAUCUUAUAUUGAUUACUGAUGAACUUUGAACUUUUACAAAAUUGAUUAUGUACCCCCUGAGAGGCUCCAUUUUGUGUUCAAUUCCUUAAUUUUUUUUUUAAAUUGAAAUUAUGAGUAAAGGAAAACAAUACAGGCUUCUUUCACUGGCAAGGAUCAUACCUUAACUUAAUUUCCAUCCACAGGUGAACUUUAAUGUAUUUCAUUAAAAUUAUAAUCAGAUCCCUCUAUGGGGAACAAGUUCCCUUUAUCAGGACACAUGGGUUUAAAUCCUGUCAAAGCCUGAAUUUUUUUCCAGGCCUCUUCUCUGGAACUGCUUAAAUUGCAAGCCUUUCUACAAGUAUUGCAAAACAAUGUUGUUAAAAAAUGUGAACAAACCAAGACAACCAGACACUUAGAUGAAAGAACAAAUGAGACUGCCCUGAGAAAGAGGAAGAACUGCUUUUUUCAGAGGCCGUGUUUUACAAGCAAAAUUCAAAUUUCUGUGCAGACAAAUAAAGCCAGUUUCUAAAUAAAUAGCAUUAAAAGCAAGACGUGGGACAAACUGCUUGAGGUUAUUUCCAGAAUAAAAAUAAUCAAUCAACAUUGACGGAUCGUCUGAUGAGAUAGCUUUAUCCGUCUAAUAUUGAUCAACAUAAGAGGCACGGUCCAAUUAUGUGCAUUGAGACAUUUUUACCCAAUUAAGGAGGCUAUGGCAUGUUUUUUUAUACCAUUCCGUUUGAUUUGAGUGCUUUUGUCCAUUUCAAACUUUCUGACUGAUUUCAGUCUUAUUUUGAAUGCUAUUGUUUGUUUUUGGCUCCUUUUGUGUGCCUGUGGACAAAAGUGCCCGGCUUUGGACCUCAUCGUCCAAUUUCAUAUGUUCUAUCUGUGAAUAAUUCUGUUUGAUUCUACAUAUUUUUGUAUUAUUUUAUUUCCCAUCUUUUCUUGAAAAGGAUAGUUU